GUUGGAGUGUUCUGGCUCAUCUCGAUCUUCACAGUCAUGGCGGGGCGCGAUGGCAUCUUGGGGGCCCAGUCCAGGAAUAUGAACUGCUUCUUCAGAUGGCCUAUAGAGAUUCUAAUGAGAAAAAGAACUUGAAGAAUUUUCUGAAGCUCUUGAUGCCUCCAUCAUUAUUGUUACAUGGGCCAGUGGAGAUUAUCAGAGUAAAGGCUACCACAUACUGUAGUAGCCUGAAUGGAGCCUUACAGUGUGCUUGUGAAGAUGGCCACAGCUGGUUUCCUCCCACGUGCCUUGAUUCCCAGAAAUGCUACCUUCACACGGCAGGGUCAAUACAGAGCUGUAACUGUCAUCUCAGCAACCUCAGCCAGAGUACCAAUUUCUGCGAAAGAGCAAAGAUUUGGGGCAGUUUCAAAAUUAAUGAAAAAUUUACAAAAGAUCUUUUGAAUUCAUCUUCUGCUAAAUACUUCAAAUAUACAACUGGAAUUGAAAUUCAACUUACAGAAGCAUACGGAAGAAUUCAAGGUUUUGAGUUGGUCCAGGUCACCCAGUUUCGAGAAGGAAGCAUCAUUGUUGGAUAUGAAGUCAUUGGUUCCAGCAGCCCAUUAGAGCUGCUGUCAGCCAUUGAACAGGUGGCUGAGAAGGCUGAGGCAGCCCUUCACAAGCUGUUUCCACUAGAAGAUGGUUCUUUCAGAGUGUUUGGUGAAGCCCAGUGUAACAGCAUUGUUUUUGGAUUUGGGUCAAAGAAUGAUGAGUAUACCCUGCCCUGUAGCAGCGGCUACACUGGAAACAUCACAGCCAGGUGCCAGUCCUCUGGGUGGCAGGUCAUCAGGGAGAACUGUGUGCUCUCUCAGCUGGAGGAACUGAAGAAGAAUUUUAGUGCAAUCGCAGACAAUACCACUGAAGCAGCCGUGUCAUCCUUGGUGCAAAAUCUUUCAGUCAUCAUUGAGCAAAGUCCAUCAACCACAGCUGGGAAUCUAGCUUCGGUGGUGUCAAUUCUGGGAAAAGUUUCAACCCUGUCACUGGCAAAUCAUUUCAAGGUGUCCAAUUCGACAAUGGAGGAUGUCAUCAAUAUAGCUGACCAUGUGCUUAAUUCAGCAUCAAUAACCAAUUGGACAGUAUUACUGCAGGAAGAAAAGCAUGCCAGCUCACUGUUACUGGAGACAUUAGAAAACAUUAGCACCCUGGUACCUCCGACAGCUCUGCCUCUGAAUUUUUCUGGGGAAUUCAUUAACUGGAAAGGAAUUCCAGUGACCACAAGCCAAAGCCAGAAGGAUUAUAACUAUCAGACUGAAAUGUUACCCCAAAAUACCUCCAUUACCAUCAGAGGCCAUGUGUUAAUUGGGUCAGACCAAUUCCAGAAGUCCCUUCCAGAAACUAUUAUCAGCAUGGCCUCAUUGACCCUGGGGAACAUUCUACCAGUCACCCAAAAUGGAAAUGCUCAGGUCAAUGGGCCUGUGAUAUCCACCAUUAUCCACAACUAUUCCAUAAGUGAAAUUUUCCUGAUUUUUUCCAAGAUACAGUCAAACCUGACCCAGCCUCAUUGUGUGUUUUGGGAUUUCAGUCACUUGCAGUGGAACAGUGCGGGCUGCCACCUAGUGAAUGAAACUGCAGACACAGUGAUAUGCCGAUGUACUCACCUGACCUCCUUCUCCUUUCUGAUGUCACCCUUUGUCCCCACUGCCGUCAUCCCCGUUGUGCAAUGGAUCACCUACGUGGGACUGGCCAUCUCCAUUGGAAGUCUCAUCUUAUGCCUGAUUAUUGAGACUCUGUUUUGGAAGCAGGUCAAGAAAAACCAAACCUCACACACACGUCAUAUUUGCAUGGUGAACAUAGCCCUGUCCAUCCUGAUUGCUAAUGUUUGGUUUAUUGUUGCUGCCACUGUGGAUACCACAGCAAGCCCUUCUGGAGUCUGUAUAGCUGCAGUGUUCUUUACACACUUUUUCUACCUCUCCUUGUUUUUUUGGAUGCUCAUGCUGGGUAUCCUGCUGGCUUAUCGGAUCAUCCUUGUGUUCCAUCAAAUGACCAUGCCUUUGAUGAUGGCUCUUGGGUUCUGCGUGGGCUACGGGUGUCCUCUUGUUAUAUCUGCCAUCACCAUUGCAGUCACACAACCUAGCAAUGGCUACAUAAGGAAAGAUGUAUGUUGGCUUAAUUGGUCCAAUGGGAGCAAACCUCUCUUGGCUUUUGUUAUUCCUGCACUGACUAUUGUGGCUGUGAAUUUGGUUGUGGUGCUGUUAGUUCUAACGAAGCUCCGGAGGCCGACUGUUGGAGAAGGAAUGAACCGGGAUGACAAGGCCACUGUCAUCCGCAUGGGGAAGAGCCUGCUCAUCCUGACACCUCUGCUGGGGCUCACCUGGGGCUUUGGCAUAGGAACAAUGGCGGACAGUCAGAAUCUGGCUUGGCAUGUUAUUUUUGCUUUACUCAAUGCAUUCCAGGGGUUUUUCAUCUUAUGCUUUGGAAUACUCUUGGAUAGUAAGCUGCGACAACUUCUGUUGAACAAGUUGUCCCCAUUAAUCUCUUGGAAGAAACCAUCAAAGCAAAACUCUUCGGAUUUAUCUGCCAAACCCAAAUUCUCAAAGGCUUUCAACCCACUACAACACAAAGGCAUUUACACGCUUUCUCAUACUAGAGACUCCUCAAACGAUGUCACUCUAACUCAAUUUUUAUCAACUGAAUAAGAUCAGGAACAAUAAAAUCAGGAAAAAUUUUUGAAGCAACUUGACAUUUAGAGCCAAAUGUCAGGGAAGAAAUUAUGCUCAGUAUUAGAUGAGAUUUUCUGAUUUAGG